AUGGCCUCCACCUGUAUCUUUUGCAAAAUCGUCGACGGGUCCAUCCCAUGCCAUAAAGUCCUCGAAACCUCCAAAACGCUUGCGUUUAUGGAUAUUAACCCCCUCGCGCGGGGGCAUCUUCUCGUGAUCCCCAAACAACACGCGGCGGAACUUCAUUUUUUGGACUACGACUCCGCCGCCGAAAUCGGGCGCGUGUUGGCCCGCAUCGGUCGUGUCGUGGCGGGUCCAGAUUUCAGCACGAAAUACAACGUCCUACAAAACAAUGGCUAUAUCGCGCAUCAAGAAGUCGAUCACGUGCACUUUCAUUUUAUCCCGAAACGGGAUUCCGAUUCUGGGCUGAAACUUCCUUUCUGGGAAUCGCUCCCAACCGAUCACGCGGCAUUUGCCGAGGAUGCGAAGAAAUAUCGUGAGUCUCUUGAAGAAAUUCCUGAGUAGCUCGUAUAAAAUAGGCAGAUAAAGGGUGAGGUAGCUAUAUGACUAUGUGUAUGAUAACACAAAUAUAUAUAUAUAGAGAGAGAGAGAAAGAGAGAGAGAAUUAUACUUACAUAUGCUGAAUUAUGGAAUACUUUAUUUAUUAAGCGCAUUUCUGGACGAUAAAUUUUCUUUUUUUUUGUUAUUUUAACUUGACCUAUAUUUCUGGUUCCUUGUUAAAUUUUGAAUCCCAAGAACUUCACUA